AUGUUCAAGAAGUUUCUUGCUAGUAUCACUGACUACAUAAUUGGAAAUUAUGUGGAGAAUUUCAACGGUGAAAAUUUAUCUUACGGUCUUCUAAAUGGAAAUAUUACUCUGAGCAAUUUGACUCUCAAGAAAGACACAUUAAAUAGUCUUUUUAAUAUCCCUCUAACUUUGCAGUCAGGUACAGUUGGCAAUGUGUCUAUAUUCGUGCCUUAUACUCAUCCAUGGAGUCAAGCAUGGCAACUUUCCCUGGAAAAUGUUGACUUAAUUGCCUAUGCUUCAGCUGAUGACCUAUGGGAUAAGUUGAAUCCAAAUAAUUCCCCAAGUGACAGUCACACAUCUUUGGCUCGAAAUGAAACAUCAAAAGAUUCAUUAGUCAAUAAUGAGACUACUCAACAACAAAGCCAAAGAGACAACUUAUCCCCUACUGACACAUCAUCUAUUCAUGGAAAGUAUAGUUUGGAUAAAAUGGAGAAGAAAUGGUUUCAGACAAUUAAUGGAGUUGUACUAAGCGAUACAGCUGCUAUCGCUGAACUAGUUGCUAUGGAUAAUAGAGGCGAUAAUUCUUCUUGGUGGUCUUAUAUAUCGUCGGUUGGUUAUGGCAUUAUUCGUAGUCUUCAAAUUGAGAUUCGUCAGGUGCGUAUCUCACUUAUCGAUCCAAAUAGUAGUAGUGGUACUGUAAGUGGCAAUAACAGUUCAGAAAGUGAACAUACCUUCUGUCACGAUGAUUGUCCAAGUUUUGGAAUUUUCACCAUCACCUUAGAACACUUGACAAUGGAGACUACAGAUUCCUGUUGGAAACGGACUACUUCAACAUCUCAAGAACCUGUUGAAUAUAAACUGAUUAAUGUUCGUGGAUUAAAUAUCACAUGGCAUCCAGAUUUAUCAAAGUCAUCAAUACACUCAAUCGAUUGUACAGUUGAUGAGAAGGAAGCAUCUAUUGAAACAGAGGAACCGUCGAAUCAAAGCAUUCUGCAUAUCCUACCUCCAUGCCAUUUAACUGGACGUUUAAAACGUAAACAAACUAACAUUUCAAUCAAUAAUGCCACCACCAAUACCGCCAAUACUACUUCUACUACUACUACUAACUCUACUCUUGUUACUGGACCAUUGACAAACAGAAAAAAGUAUCAAUCGGAAUAUUAUCAGUCGAGUGAAGCACAAAUUGAGUUAGCCUUAAAUUUGAGUCAGUUAGACAUACAAAUAUCACAAGAAUUAUGUCGUAGCUUGUUACAUUUAUCUGAAGUGUUGAAGUGCCAGUAUGAACGUACUGAACAAUUGAAACGUCGACCUUGCAGUAGUAGUAGUACUACGACUACAAUGAAAAGAUAUGCCGAUUGGUGGCGUUAUGCAGCUGGCGAGGUUCAUCCACCACUUCGACUAUACCUGAAUUCAACAUUUCGACAUGUCACACUGUCGUCUUUAGCUAAUGAAGCCAAGUUGAACAUUAUCUAUGUGAAAGCCUAUACAGCUUAUUUGAUUAAAGGACUUUCAUCCUCGUCAUCGCCAUCGUCAUCUUCUGGCGAGACGCUGACGUCGACUUCUACAACAAAGUGUUUAAUUACAAUUGAUCAAGUCAGCGUUAUAUGCAAAAGUUUAAAUUACACACCAGAAAUGGAUAGUGAACGAUCAAAACACGAUGAGUUGUGGUCAAUACAAAGAAUUGCUAUUCUCCGUCUGAUUGCUAUGCGACGUGCUACAGUGAUACUGCAUAAAUUAUUAAAAUGUGAUAAAAAUGGCAAACAUGGAAGUAAACGUUCGUCAGUUGAUUCAGGACAACCUUCUGGUACACCUCUACCCCUUCCUCCUCCUCCUCCUCGUCCUUCAGUUGUCGACAGUACAUCUCCAGCUUCCACCACGACAUCAAAUCAAUCCUAUUAUAAUUCUUGGUGGAGAUAUUCUUCAUGGUUAGGCCUGACAACAUCAUCUUUUUUCUCAUCAAAUAAUGUUGACAGUACAACGGAUCAAACGGCUGAUGAAGCACAACUACAACGACGACGACAACAACAACAAGAGAAUGAAGAAGAAGGAGAAUCAACCGCUGAUUCUAGUUUCAAUCAUUCAACGUCGUCAUCAUCGUCACCGCCAUCAUCAUCUUCUGCAUCGAUUAUACUUGCUGAUACAAUCUUUGAAUUACUGGAUGAAUUUGCUGAACAUACGAAUAAUAAUAUUGAUUAUACAAGUAUAAAUUAUCCCGUGUUUCUACAAUUUAUUUGUACUAUAGAUGGAUGUAGUCUACGACUGAUUGAUAGUCAACAAGAAGAGGCUAUGCAUGCAUACGCAGUGCAUCCGGCAUUUGUGAGUAUGUCUGGAGAACAAAUGAAUUUUAGUCUGGUAAUUCGACCGAAAUGUAAUUCAUAUCGUAUAUCAACUUAUAUUCAAUCAUUUACUGUACAUGAUGAAAGAUGGUCAUCUGCACAGCGCAAUAGUAGUCGUCGUGAAAGGGAUUCGUCCCAAUUGACACCUCUAUUCCCAGUUGUUGUUUAUCCAAGUUAUCAUCAGUAUGGUUGUAAUUUAGAAUCUGAUGCAACCACUGCUAAUGUUACUGCUGAUGACGCUCAAGAAAGACGAGUCUUUUCAUUGAUUUAUGAAGUGAAUCCUGUGAAGAUAAAUGCGGAUUAUGUUCUUGAAAUACACACCGAUCCACUCCAAGUGAUCUGUCAACCGGAAUUACUUCGUCAUAUUAUCAAUUUUAUCAAAUCAGUUGUACAUUCAUCAAAACGUGAGUCUUCAAAACAAUUCAGAUUGAAUCAUUCAGUUAAAGAAGGCAUAUCCUUAAAUCUAAGUUCAUUAAUCAAAGAUACUGAUACUAAUGCCGAUACUACUGAUAAUAAUGACAUUAGUAGUAUAGGCAGUGGUGGUGUUGGUGGUAAGAACAUUCCACUUCCAAAGAAGUCGACAACAUUCACGUCAUCAUCAUCAUCAUCGGCAGCAGUAGCACCGGCAGUAUCGUCAGUUAAGUCAAGAAAUCGUUGGGCUAUAAAUUUUGAUUUAGCUGCACCAAGAAUACUAUUUCCUAAUCGUUUUAAUAUUUAUGGUGAUGAAGAAGGACAGCAGAAGAAGGCGGAUAAUAAUGCUACUACUACUACUACGACGACGACCUUGAUGAGUACGUCACUUUCAUUGUGUACGUGUGUCCUAUGUGAUUUCGGGCAUUUACGUGUAACAAAUUGGCCUGAAGUACAAUUCAGGUCUAUGAAGCAGAAGAAAUGUAGCAAUGUUGUAUUAUCAGCAGAAAUGAAUUCAAUGCGAAAUCCUAGUGUAUUGGACAACUUGAGUAAAUUAGAGAAUGAAAAGUUUCCAGCUGUGGAAUCAUUGGAUGCUGCUGCUGCUGCUGAUGAUGAUGAUGAUGACGACUAUGACGACGCUGAUGAAUAUAAAACCCCGUGCAGUACACCGGGGGAAUUAUCCGACAAUGAUGACAAUGAGAACAACAAUAAUAUUGAAGACGGUAAUGAUGAUGUUAAUAGAGUUGAAAAAUCAUCUCAAAGGCGAAAUGAACCUCCCAUAAUAGCGAGUCAUAGCAAAGUGAAUGAGGCGGAAAAGUCUUUACCAACUGAUAACACUUAUACCUCAUAUAUGAUAAAUAUUGAUAAUAUUCGUGUAUUGGUUGGCAGUUUACACACACUAGAGACACUUGGUUUAUGGAGUCAGUUUAAUUCUAUACAAGUGCCAACAGAGUUACAGGAUGAGAAAGAGAAGCCGCCUCUUCAUCCAACCUCCUUACCUUCACCAUCCGACAGUCAUUCAGUUCUACGUAUGAGUAAAUCUGCGCUUGUAUCACGUUUAUGCCUAAUUAAUCCAUUCGAUUUACGCCUGCUAAUCAGUCGACGAAUUCCCACCCUUCAACAUACUUCAAAAAUGCCGAAGUCUUCUUCUUCUUAUUCCAUCAUCCCAACAGUAGCCUAUCUUCCUUACCUGUGGAUCAGCUUAAUUCAACCGUCUUGUGUGAUUCAACUAUCGAAUACAAAGAUAUCAGAUUUUUAUUCAUGUCUAAAAGCAUGUCAACGUCAAUGGGAUCAAAGUCAUCCUAGUCAGCAGCAUAGUCAGAGCUGUUCAAAUAUACAUCAAACGAUGAAUUUCACGGCAAGCACACCAUCACUAUAUAAAUCGAUCCAUGAUAAUUCUCAACAGACUACCACAACAAAGCCAUGCCAAUCUUCACAUCGUGUCAUCAAUCAUCAGCACGAUGAAAAGUAUUCAUUGAAAUCAAUUAUAUCAUCAAAUGCUCAGAGGAUACAAAUUAUCGCCACCUAUUCUAUUCAAUCGUUUAUUAUACAAUUUGAAUCAAAAGAUCGUCCAUUGGCUGAAUGUCGUUUAGACGGAGCCGUUGUCAAUUGGUCUGUUUAUCGUGACUGUCUAGCUGAUUAUAGCGUACAAUUCAAAUUAGGCAGUAUAUCUAUUGUGGAUGCUGUAAGCAAUCUUGGCGGUUUAUAUGAUGUGAUAUUGAAUUCAGAUAAAGUGAAAAGAGCUGACGCAAUCGAAUCAAUGAUCGCAGAGAAUAAUAACAAUGAUCAUAAUGGCAACAACAAUGGUGAUGAUGAUGAUGAUGGUGGCAGCGACCAAGCCUCGGUGGUAUUCAAUUCAAAGUUACCAUUUUCAUUGUGGAAGAACUAUACACCUCCUUUACCAGAUCAUAUCAAUCCACUGGAUGAAUUUAAGCCAUUCAAUUCACAGAUUGAACAAAGUGAUACAUUUCUUAUGGCAUGUUUAACAUGGUGUCCAUCGUCUUCUUCUUCUUCUAAAUUAAAUCGAGCAAAUAAAACAACACCGGCUGAUUCAUCAAUUGGUUCCUAUUUCAUUAAAUUAUCCAUGGGAUAUUUAAAGAUUACUGGUAAUCCAAUUACAAUCAGAAUUAUCAAUGAAUUUAUCACUGAUCUCAGCUUAUCUUUAACGGAUCAUUAUUCCCGGGACCAAAUGAAUUCAUCUGAUCGCCAGUUGGAUGACGACUCAUCACAAUCCUCAUUCAGUCAUCAUUAUUACUUUCAAUAUGAUGACUCCUUCAUUGAAGCUGAUAAUGAUACCUCAUUGUCUCCAUUCAUUGAAUAUAACUGGCAAAUAUCAUUGACUAAUUUAGACAUAUUACUGAUUAGUCAUCCUAUGAGUAAUAAUAAUAAUAAUGUGUACCAUUCAUUGACGACGGCAUCAGUUAAAGAAAUUGUUCAGAUGACAUUUUCUAAUCUUCGUUUAGAAUUACAAACUUCAGGUUUACUAAAUUCUUUAUCAAUAAAACUUAGGACUUUUCAACUCCAUCCUUUAUGCAAUUCACAAAUCCAAAGUGAUCAAUAUUUAUUUGGAUCAAUAUUUCCAUCCUCCUCCUCGUCUUCUCCUUCUUCUUCAUGUUCUUCUACUGUGGAACAACAUUCUGAUCUAAUGCUUAUCAAUAUUCAAUGGAAUACACAACAUAAUGGUUGCCCUUCUGUUGAGCUUCAUCAGCCACAAAUUCAAAUUACCCUCUCCAACCUUGUUUAUAUUCAUUCCUAUAGUGAUAUCCUUGAAAUUAUUCAGUGGUUUCAAUGUAUUAUGCCGUAUCUACGGCUCAACAAGACAGUAGUAAUUCAAUCUUCACAUAAUGCGCAUAUUGACAGUGACAACAACAGAAAUGAAAUAUCCAGUCGACUUGAUAAAUUAUUCUCAUUCUGUGUUCAAUAUUCAAUAAAAAUCAACAAUUCAAUUAUUUUAAUCCCGAGUAGUUUUAAUCCAUGCGCGCAUUUCUCACUGUUUAGUUUUAAACAAAUUCAAAUUAACCACAAUUUUUUGAAAUCGAAUUCAAUGUUCAAUUGUAAUUCAAGUGAUAGCAAGUCUGUAUCAUUUUCGAUUGAAAAAUUUAGUAUUAUGCAUUAUGUUAAUGAGGCAGUGAAAGCAGCGAAUCAAUUUUUACUGGGAACAUCACCACCAAUGGAGAAAAAAUUAUUUCAUUUAAAUUUCCGCUUGUUGUAUGAAUUUUGGCGUCAGCAGAUGAUGUGUUGUAAUGAUCCAAUGAAGUAUGAGUCAUUUCAUCAAGUGAUUGUAUUCCCUAUGGAUUUUUCAAUUUAUAUAAACUACAUAAAGUUGAAUCCAGCCAGAACAAAAAGCUACUCAUCAUCUUCGCCUCCUUCCUCCAGCUGGUUACAGACAGUUCGUUUCAAUUUCUGUGAUUUAUCUAUCAUGCAAACAGCAAAGUUGAAUCAAUUUACAAAAUAUCACCUUGUUGUUGGUGGUGAGAAUAACGGUGAGAUGAAUACGUCGUCGACGCCACCGCCACCGCCGCCAACAACAACAUCAUCAACAGUGCCUUCUACAAAUAGGUCAGUGGAGGCAGCAACAACAUGUUCUCCGAGUGUUAAUCUACUCUUAUUCUCUGAACCAAUCACUAGUCAGUUAACUAUUGUCUUCUACAUUCACACGUUGAGAUUCAAUCUGACUAAAAUGAAUUGUGAUUUAGUCAAGGAUUUAUUCGACAAUUAUUUAUUGAAACAAUUCGAAGAAAAUCAAUCCAAUAAUGGUAUGAAUAAUGAGGAGGCGUUACAUACUGAUCAGGCUGUAAUACAACAACCUUCCUACUCUGAUCUGAAUUCAAUUCCUAUCGGACUGAAUAAUGCUCAAUGCGGUUCUCUAGAAUUUGGUAUCCGUGUCAAUUGUUCACAAAUUCAUAUUUUAAUGUUAGGCGAUUUAGAUAUCACACCGAUACCAUUAGCUUCUCUGACUAUCGAGUCGUUAGAGGCUUCAUCAAGUGUUCAUCUGUCUAAAGGUGGUAUUACACUGCCUACAUGUCUUCAAUUGACUGUCAACCGUGCAUAUUUACAAAAUCGAUUACCCCCGUCAAAACAUGAUCAUGAUAAAGAGAGACGAAAGGGAAGCAAGACUUCAACAACACGAUGUGGAAUAAAAAAGAACCAACAGCUUCUACUUGUUUGUAAAGAUUAUGGUCAUGCUCAUAAGGAUAACAAGCAUUCAAGACGUAAAAGGAUUAAUUCAUGCUCCACGGAGGAUUAUGACAAAAUCUAUUAUACAGAGAGGGAUUGGUGUUGUGGAAAUUAUUCAAUUUGUGGAAGGCAUCAUUUAUCCUCUGUGGGGAAUCAUGAUGAUAAUGGUGUCUGUGGAUUAUUACAACAUCAGGUAUCUCCGAUAUCUGUACGUGUCAUUCUUCUGUCUGAUCAGCAUGAAUCAUUCUGUCAGACUAAAUAUUUUGUCAUGUUAAGCAUGGACACAUUGGAUUUUCGAUUACUAUCUGAACCAUGGGUGUUGCUUUUGGAUUUUUUGAAUUUGUACGAUGAUUAUAAAGAGGAGGCUGUGAAAGAAACUGUUGGAAAAUUAGAUCAAGACACAAUUCCUUCAUGUUACUCCAACUCUUCUCCUGUGGCGACGAAAUCAAUCCCCAUUUCGAUAAAUAAUUAUCCAAAGUUAUGUCUACUGCUAGACAUCAAUUCUGUGAAUUGUAUAUUUACUGAACCCAGUAAAACUGCUGAAGAAUCCUUGUCAAAUAGUGAUUCGUCUGAUAAAGUUCAGUCAAUAUUGACCUGUGGAAAUUUGGAUACAGAUUUGGCUGUUUUGUCCUCUCAUGGGAUAAAACUUCAAGUCAAUUAUACACCUUCUGUUGAUGCCACAACCGCUACUGCUACUGUCCGUUGCCGGAGUGUUGAUGUUGGUGGUGAGCAUUGGGAUGACAUUAAGGAUGGUGAUGAUAAUCAUCGUGUUGAUGAUGAUUUGCUGACUAAUUCGUGUCUUCAAGUUGAAGGUCAUAUGUACAGCAUUAAAUUAAUCGCUUUGCCAAGACAAUAUGCUUCCUUAUAUGGAGUUCGUUUGAUGUCUGCAUCAACACAAUCGACGCCUUUAAGUGUUGACAGUGUCAUGAAUACUACUCAACUGCCAUUUUUAGUCUUUCAGUUCAACAAAGCUAAAAAAUUAUCAUCUUCACCACCACCAACAACAACAACCAGCACUAACCGAUGUAUUAAUUCCACUGACAAAAUGAUGAAACAACCGGCAGUCAACAAUAAUGCCAAUCUUCGGAUACAUUUAUUAUCCAGCGUGUCAUAUAUCCAUACGCAUUCCUUCUUAAUGAGUAUUAUCAAUACCUUACAGAACUGCAUAGAACAAUACACAUCUUUAAAGCAAACAAGAUAUUGUGUUAAAGGUUUACAGAUGCCGACAUCAGCAGAUAUCACCUCAUUGUGUUGUCUACAUUUGAAUAUCUCAGCUCAUCACCCGAUGAAUCUGAUCAUCCCGGUGUGUUCGACUAGUUCAAAAGUUUUAGUCAUUAAUAUGCUGCAUGGAAUGAAAAUCGUUAAUACAUUUCUAUGGAAUAAUAAUACUACUACUACUAUUGAUAGUGGUGAUCCGGUGGGAGUCAACUCUGGAUCUAUGGAAACUUUACAAUCAAAAUCAUCUCACACUAAUAUUAAUCAUAAUGAUGCUCCUAGAACUGAUAAUCGAUAUUUCUACUCAAAUAUUCGAUCGUUGAACAAAAGUAAUUCAACAGGACUUCUAGAAUGUUCUAAUUUCAAUACACAAGAUUCUACUCCACACCAACAUCCUUUAAUUGAUCAAAUAUCGAUGGAUUUAUAUGAAGUUUCAUUAUGCUGUGCAGAACGGAUUGAUACGUCUGGUGAUGACGUAAUGCUAGAUUCAGGUAUGAAUAAUCCUCCAAUUCGAUUUCCAGGCUAUUCAUUUAUUCCUGUAAAUUAUCAUUUUGAAUGUACAACAACUGAAACGGAAGUAGUUUUCCCAUGCGCCAUUCUUUCCCGCCCUAUUUCUUGUUUAAAUUUAAAUUUGGAGCGUAAUUUAACUUCAUCAAAUGGACAUGAAUUGCCUGACAUAAAAUUAACUGGACAACUUUCUGAUUGUCAAGUGUAUAUAAAUACUUAUACAUAUCAGCUGAUUCGUGGAAUUCUAUCACAGAAUUUCGGUGAAAAUUCACUCUCUAGUGUUAGUACAACGAAAUCCUUUGUUAAUGAUGUUUGUUGGACAAAAUUCGCUAUUGAUAUUUGUUUAAAUUCAAUUCAAAUCAAUUUGUUCAAUUGUUCAAUGUUACCGGUUCAUUUGAAUCUGGCGAAUAAUGAUAAUAAACAAUUUGGUAUCAUCAAUCUCUCUGAUGGAAUAAUAUCAUUUAAAUAUUUUUCAAAUCAAAGUACAAUGAUUAAACUUCAGUGUUUCGACAUCAGCUUAGUGGAAUUUCAUGAAGACAGUACAACAACAGAAGUAGGUCAAAACACUAUUUUACAAGGUCUACAACAACAGCAACCAACUGUAUCAUCUCCACAAGCGGAGGUGGCGGCGGCAUCGCCUGCUGGAAAUAAAUUGGCAAAAUCGCCUCCCAAACUCAUUAUUUCACUGAAUAAUUCUACUUUGAAUUCAACUCUACUCUUCUAUUCAACUUCAUUACGUUUAAUGUUAAAUUUUAAUUGGUUAAUCCAGUUCACAUCGUUCAUUACCCUACCACCGUUGUCAGCUGAUGUGAGUACUUCAUCGUCUGUGGACACCUUGAAGAAAUCGCAUUCCUCAUGUGAGCAUUGCAAGCCUAAAUCUCAAGGAUAUUAUCAUUCUUAUUAUCAUACUCAAGGUUGUAGUAAUAAUGAGCCGUUGAUUCAUCCACGUAGACAAGAGUCGAGGUCAUCAGCAUCUGUGAUACAAAACACCGGUUUACAUUUAUGCAUAGAAGAUAACGAAGUUUGUAUACCAUAUGAUGAACGCAUGUCUUUAAUGUUAAAGUUAAGUGCGAAUUUUUCACGUCUAAAAUCUACUCAUACAAUUUAUGGUAUCCUCAGUGAUGUUAUUCAAGCCAGUAUUCAAUAUCUCCGGUUAUCUCGUGAUCCACUGACAACGUCAUCAUUAUCAUCAUCAUCAUUGUUAUUUCAAAUAUCUGAUCCAUUGAAAUUCUCUUCGAAGAUAUGUCAUUUUUCAAUUGGUGAAACGUUGGCGUCAUCACCACCUGCACCAGCACUGUCACCAUCACUGUCGUCAUCUUCGUUGUUCUUAUCAUCACCAUUUUCAUUAUUCAACAACAACAACAAUAAAAAUGAUUUCAUGGCAAAUAGAGGAACAUCAUAUCUGAAAUUAAUUCAAUGGUCUCUACUGCCAAGUAGACUUGAUUUUGGAUAUUCUGUUCGACAGAGAAAUACUCUUUAUUCAGGUCAAACCCAGUUACAACUAAAAAUGACCUUAGUUGCACCUGUCAUUCAAAUCACAUCAAGCUGUGCUGAUAUUGAAUUAAUCAAAGAUUGUAUUAGUCAACUGAUGGCGAAAUGCAAAUCAAAGCCUUCAAUGGAUAGACAAAAUGAUGAUAUUGGCUGUAGCAAUCAACCAUCGGUUGUUGUCAUCACUGCCUUCAAUGAAGAUGUACAAUCAUCAAAGAGGAAUAAGUCGAAUCAGCAGACGUCAUUGUUAUUAUUAUCAAAAUUUUGGCCAACUAUAUUUGCUGAUUAUAUUUCAAAAAGAUUGAUUAGCUUUGAUUUCAAUGUGGAUUUAUCUUUGUACUUAUUGGAUACACAAAGAUCGACACAUUCAACUCUGCUGUCAAAUGAAGAGAAUCCUUUGCUAAAAUUCAAUUUUGAAGGCAUGAAAAUAUUGUGGAGUAAAACUGAUUCAAGGCUGAAUUUAGAUUGUUCAACAGUUUCGUGUUUUUAUUACAAUCAAAAUUUAAUCGCAUGGGAACCGAUAUUAGAACCAUGGAGUUUUUCAUUAAAUUGGUCUGAAAAAUUUGAAAAGGAUUUUAGUAGAACAAUCCUAUUACAUUGGUCAUCUCAACAAUGUUUAAAAAUCAAUUUGACUGUGCCAUUCAUCCAUCUGAUUCGUCAUCUUUUAAAUUCAAUCAAUGAAAGAAAAAGCAAAGAACAGUCACAGCACAAUAUUCAAGCUCGUGGUGGUGGUGACAUCAAUAAUAAGCUGAAUACAUCAUCUGCGAGUAAUAACAAUCCUACUGGUUCAUCAUUUCUAUUGAUUAAUCAAACUGGUACAACUGUCAGGUAUAAAGUGAUAUCGAGUCAAUCGAUGAAUACAUUAUUGAAACCAGAAAUAUUAAUCCUAGAAAAAGCAGACAAUGAAUUCAUUGAACUUGUCAAAGAUUCACAAACACAUCUACCAUUAAAGAUUUCAUCAUUUGCCUAUAAGAAUAAAUUGUCAUUGAAUGCAACAAAAUUGAGGAGUGAAGAAGAUGGAAGGGAGGAGCAAGGCAGUGACGUCGGCAACGGCCACACAGAAGAAGAGGAAGAAGACUUUUUUCAAACUCCACGUUUAAUUAUACAAGUCUCUGGAUGGAAACCAGUCUACCCGAUUGCCUUGAAUCAACUUGGUACUUAUUAUCGUAUAUUGGAACGGAUGCCAGGCAAUGCUGACUUUGAAAUAUUGAAAAAUCAAUGUAAUGAAUGUUGGAAGUAUGAUUUACCAAUUGCCAAUCGUCUUGUCAUUGAUAUUGUCCGUGAUCCUGAUACACAAUAUUAUAAAAUUUAUUUAAGAUCAGCUUUAACCAUCACCAAUGACCUGAACCAGAGUAUUAAAAUCGGGUUGGAAAUCUUUCCUAAAAAACUGCCUUCGCCGUUGUCGUCAUCGUCAUCUGUAAUCACCUCCUCCUCAUCAUCAUCAUCAUCGUUGACACUAUUGAAUACUAAUUCGUCAAACAUUGAACCAAUCCUGCUGACUGUAUGUAAACCAAAUUGUACAUAUGCUGUACCCAUCAAUCUAGCUGGUUUAAUGUCAUUAGGACUAGCGAAUUUAUGCUUUUCACCGGCUAAAACUGUGAUGAAUCGACAAAAUAUGACUUCAGCGGUCAACAGUAUUAGUAGCCUUGGUAGUAGUAGUAGUAAUAAAUUCAGUGAUGAUCUUUAUAAUUGGGCAUAUGUCUACGAGCAUCAUCAUAAUGAUCAUCAUCAGACAUUUGACGAGAGUGGAGGAGAAGAAGAAGCAAAGCUGAUGCCGUCGACACAGCACCACCACCACCAACAACAACGCCAGUCUCUGCAUCCAUCACUGUCAGCUGCCUCAAUGUCAACAGCAACAACAACAGCGGGACUAUCGUCAUCUACCUCCUCCUCCUCAAUGUUGGUUGAUUUCACUGAGGAUAAGCAUCGAUCAUCAGUGAUGAAAAUGAUUGAUUGGACAAGUUUAAAACGACCAGGCGAUUUGCAAGAAGCUGCAUUGAUCUCUACAUGUAAACUGCUACCGCCAACUACACGUCCAUUCCCAUCAUCUAUUCAACAACAACAACAACGAUUCCCCUCGUCAACAUCAUCAACAUCCUCAUCACCGAAUAAAAAAUCUUUGACAACGUUUACAACAAAUAAAUUUCAUAUGUGUGUUGCUGUUGUCCGUGAUGAUCAAUUCCCGUUAGAUCCACAAUGGUCAUCAGAUCAAUUAUUCUAUGCAAAUAAUAAUAGUAAACAUUUGUUGCCAAUCAGUCUACCUAGUCAUCAUAUUACAAUUGGUCCAGUUGUACGGAUAACAAAUUUGUUACCAUGUGAUAUUUUCUAUUAUUUUGAUAAAACUGAAGUGAAUGGUUCAUUGAAAUCAAAAGAAGACACGUGUGUUUAUAAUUUAUUUCCAAUACAAACUGUAAAUUUUGGUAUUCAUCUGGAUGGAUUCCCUAAAUGUGAUCCAUUAUCGAUUCCACCGAAUGUUUACAAUCAAAAAGUGUUCAUUCGAUUAUUCGACACAUUAGAUAGACCACUAGAAUUACAAGUUUAUGUAUGUUCCACAGCCUGUGGUAUACGUCAUCUGACUGUCAGCCCUGUAAUCUGUUUAAUCAAUAAUUCUGGUCUACCGUUAAUCUUUGCCCAGUCAUCUAACCAGCCUAAUUCAUCGUUGUCAUCACCGUCACCAUCCUCUUCCUCCUCUUCCUCUUCGGUAUUUUCCUCAUUUUCCACUGCACAAGCGUCUGUUCUAGCCGCUGGUCAAUAUGCAGAACAUGAAGAGGCUUGUGUACUAAUGCCACUGCUAUUUUCAUUUGCCAAUAAAUCUGAAGGUUACCUUCUACGAGUUCGUAUUGGAAAAGGAUAUUUCAGUGAUCAUGAUGUCUUGGAUGAAUCAUCAAAGGAGAAGGUUACCAUGAAUAAACGUAAAGUAAAACGUUGUAGUUGGUCACCAGGCAUAUCAUUGGAUAAACCCGGUGUUGACACACUGCAAUUGAAAGUCUACUCUGAAAAUAAUCGCCUAUCCUCCAUAUCCUAUUUAGGCUUUGAAGUACAAACUGGACAAGAUUCAUGCUAUGCAUCAACGUCAACAAUCGUGACAUUUCGACCACGUUAUAUUGUUGAAAAUUUUACCAGUUAUCAUUUACAUAUCACCCAACGGUAUUGCUUAACAACAGUGAAUAAUUUACCGGCCUAUGUUUCAGUUCAUCCGAAUUGUAGUCAAUCAUUUCAUUGGUCCAGUGAAGAUUUAGACCGACUUUUAUGUAUACGUGCUGUUGUGAAGACGUUGGAUUCUUCGCCCGAGUCAAUUAAUCACUUGUCUUCUACAGUAGUUAACUCUAAUGAACCUGAAGAAAUAUGGACAUUAUGGUCAGGUGGCUUUCAAAUUGAUCGUGCACACUCAUUCACUAUAAUGCUUAGGUUAAAUCAUUUCAGUCAAACAGAUCUACCACAGUCGUUAUUCUUUCGUAUUGUCAUCUUCCUACGAUCAGCUACAUUCUACGUACAAAUCAGUGACUUCAGUCAUUUACCACCAUUUCGAUUGGAUAAUGCUAGUUCCAUAUCUGUUUAUUAUUGUCAAAUGGUUGAGUCAAUUGAACUGGCAACAUCCAAUUCAUUUGUACAUCGAUCAAACAGUUAUCAACAUCAUCAUGGAAGUCUUUCAUCACGCGAUCACGAUGAGUCUAAUUCACAUGAUCAUGAUAAUCCUAGUAAUAGUAGUGUUAAUAAGUGGAAUGGUGGAGCUUGUCCAUCUUUUCUUAUCCCGGGAUCUUCUGUACCUUAUGCUCUGGAAGAACCAUCUAGUCAACCGGCUAUUAUACUAAGUGUUCAAGAUAACAUCAGUGAAGUGUACAAUUUAAAUGAAAUCGGCGUCAGGAAAGUUUUACAUUAUGAUAAUUUUGUCUAUUUGACUAUAUUUGGCCCACUGACAGAUACUACUGAAAUGUUAAGUAUUGUCAAUAAUUCCUCCUCCUUCUCAUUAUCACCAUCAUCACGUCGACAAAGUUUAUCUCUACCAAAUCUUGUAUUCGAUGUAUUGCCUGGGACAAAUCAUGUUGUCUGUGCUAGAAAGUCCUCUAGACGUCAUUCACAGCUAUGGAAAUUGGCUGAAAAUGGUUUAAUCUAUCAUGAAAAUACCUCGACAUCCCCACCAACUACAAGAACAAAAACAACAAGAGAUUAUCAGUCCAAUCGGCCUUCAUCAAUAUUUUCAAAGCAUAAAGGUGAAUUUGUCCUGGAUGUCAGUUGUCUAGAUGAUACAAUCAGUCAUCAUCAUCAACGACGACAACAACAACAACCGGUGGAAAUAAUCGAUGCAGAGACAUUAAAGCAUUUUGAAGUUGUCCAACUGAUUAUUGCUAAACCGAGUAAAAAACGUAAAGCUUAUCAAACUUGGAGAAUAGAUCAGCAUGGACUAUUGGUCAAUAGUGCAUUAUUCUGUGUCCAGAUACGUCGAGAUUUAGUGGACAACAUGAUGUCCACCUCCUCCUCCUCAUCAGCUGCAGCGGCACAGUUAUUCACUGAUAUUGACGAUAUUGACAAUUUCUCCUACAUUCCAUCACUUCUGUUAGCAGCACGUCCACGACCAUCAGCAACACGUCUGAUUAGUGCAUCAAUCACUUCAGCCGUAAUUCUACCGACUUGGUUACGUCCAGGAUCCGGUAGACUACGCAUAUACACAUAUUUAGACAAAGCUACACGUGUUCUACGCAUUGAAGAUGAUAUGGAUAAUGGCGACGAUGAUAAUGAUAUUACUCAUGAGAGAACAGGGGGCAUUGAUAGCGAUGGAGGUUUUACUCAUCGGAGAAGUAAUAGUACUACUAUGCUUCAUUCGCUUGCUGUUAAAGAUAAAGUCAAUUCUCGUUGGGGAAGAAAGGCGUCUUUUUCAACGAUAGACACAUACGGUCAACCUGUUCAAUCAUUGUGGGAACAUUCAGUACACCAAUCGAAUAUGCCGGCUGCUACUACGACGACUAGUGCUAAAGAGAAUCAGUUUGUGACUAAUGUCAAAAUUAAUUUAACCCUACCUAGUGGAAUCGGAUUAAGUAUUAUCUCGUCGUAUACUGAAGAAUUGAUUUAUGCUUCAUUUAGUGAUAUCAAUUUAUUAUUGAAUCGAAAAUAUACAAAUAUUAUUGAUUUGUCUAAAAAUGAUCGAAAUGUUGUCCUUUAUCAUGAUCGAGAUGACGAGGUUGAUGGUGAACAGUCGACAUCAGGUUAUACAGAGAGAGGAAUCAAUAUCUUAUCUCAUUCUCAUCAUCGUAUGUAUGAUUAUCUUCCUAGUCAUAGUGGUUUAAAUUCUAUCAAUUUAUCUGCAUAUCAUCAACAAAGUGGUAUUGACGGUGUGGGUGGUUGUAUAACGUCAUCGGCUUUCGGAGAUCAGCGUCAAAUUGAAAGUUCUAAUGAUGAUAAUCUUGAUAAUAAUGAUUAUGACAAUGAUCAUGCUGAUCGCGGUCAAAAGGAUCGAUUACCUGUAGAAAAUGAUGUGGCGACUUGCGGUGGUGGUGAUGAUGGAGUUGUAGAAACUAAAAUAUUUGAAAAGUUUAAUCUACUUAUUGGACAUUUUCAAAUUGACAGUCAAUUUGCUGGUGCACUUCUUCCUGUGCUUUUAUUCCACAUGAAUACAAGAUUGUUAGCCAGUAGUGAGAAAAUUGAAGCCAGCAAUGAAACUACCAUGCAGUAUCCAUCACAACAUUCCAGUAUAGAUGAAGUGAAGAAUCCACCUAAACUGGAGAUUAUGUAUUGUCGUGAUGUUCAACAUGAAUUACCAGUUUGUCUAUUUAAAAUAUUUCGGAUUGAUGUGUAUCCAUUGAAUAUUCAAGCAGAAGAAUUAUUACUUCUUAAAUUGAUUCAAUUUUACCAACAUGCUUUUGAAGAAACCAAUGAAUUAUUAUAUGCUCAUCAUUCGCAUAGAACAGAUUCAUACAAUGAUUCUGUUACGCAUCAGCGGUCUUCAACUUCCUCGCCAUCAUCGCCAUUUAAGAAUUUAUCGACCAGCACUCGUGAUAAAAGACAUCAUAGUACAAGAAUAUCAUCGCAUAAAACCGAUCAGCAUUCCAUAUUCUGGUUUGAUCAAUUUCUUAUUAAUCCAAUCAAAAUGAAAUUGAGUGUACAAACAGCUAAAAGUUCAUUGACUGAUUCACAUUUAGAAGGAGCUAAACGUUUACUACCAUCAUUAAUGAGUUUUACUGGUGCAGAAAUACAAUUAGAUUCAAUUGAAAGAUUGUACAUGCUUGGAACUAUAACACAAAUCAUCAGCUACUUGAAUGCGUAUUAUCGUCUACAGCUACGUGCACAUGCCUUAAAUAUCUUUGGAUCAGUUGAUUUCCUUGGCAAUCCAAUCGGUUUAAUUAAUGAUCUUAGUUCUGGAAUAUCUGGUCUAGUUGAAUUAGACGUUGGCGGUUUAAUACGACAUGUAGCACAUGGAGUUGGUGAUAGUGCAGCCAAGGUAGCUGGAAGUGUAUCUCAGUUAUUGAAUGUUAUGUCAUUCGAUGAUAAACAUCAACAAGAACGUGCAAUUAUACUAGGCAGUCGAGCUGAUUCCUCACCAUAUACUACUUAUCAAAGUAAUAGUAGUAGCAGUAUGAGUGGGAUUGGUGGUGGGAGUAAUAGUAGUAGUAUUGGUAACAAUUUUCUUGAAGGAGGUGAUUUACCGCUAAAUUAUGCUAAUGAAUCUUUGGAUGACUUUGAAUUGACAUGUCAUGAUGUGUACUUGGAUGAUGAUACGCAGUCGCAUUCAACACUUAACACACCAUCAUCGUCAUCGCCGUCUAUAUCAAGUGUAAAACCAGCUACCAAUCAACAGAGCUUUGAUAUAAAUCGUUCAGUGACAGCACCACUGAGUGCUGGUAUCCGUGGUCUUAUGCAUGGAAUUGUCGGCGGGAUGACAUCUAUUGUCACGCAGCCAUAUCGUGGAGCUAAAGAAGAUCAAUUCAAGGGUUUUGUCUAUGGUAUCGGUCGUGGAUUGUUAGGCACAGUGACUAAACCUGUCGGUGGUAUCUUUGAUCUUGUCUCUGGUAUGAUGAGUUCAAUUAGUGAAGCUGCUUGUCCCUCGAAUUUAUAUCGUCCACGAAGGCGUAGACCACGUCGUGCUGGCCUCUCAAAGUAUUUUCCUCGACCAAUAAGUGUUUACAACUUAGAUGAAUCGGUUGCCCAGUUACAAAUGUAUUAUCUAACAUUAUUCACCAACGUACAACGUCAUUCAUCUUUACAAAAACAUCAUCAUUAUUCAUCGACAUCUUUGUCGUCUUCAUCAUCGUCAACUCUCCUAAAUCCCGCAGUGAUAACAUCAUCAUCUAAGACUUUUGAAAUUGGUGAAGAAAUCCUCACAGAUAUUAACAUCGAUGAUCACGACGAUGAUGAUAAUAAUAAUCAUAAUAGUAGUAGUAGUAAAGAUGACAAUAACAUGACUAUUAACCUUUCCCAGUCUACAAGUCAUAUGCUACAAACUUAUGUAUUACAAUCGUGUAAUUCCGCCACAAAACUACCAUCACCUCAUUUGCGUUAUCUUCUCAACUCACCUGAAUCUGUACUAUGCAUUCUACCAGUUCAAAUGACCGGGGUUAUUAUGUUGAUUACAGAUCAAGCAUUUUGGUGUAUACGUGAUAUUUCAUUGAAAAAUUGGAUUGCUUCAAAAAAUCCAAUCCAUGAAUGUAUUAAUAUGACUGUACAAAAUGGACAAUCAAACUUAACUAGAGGUCAACAACCACAACAACCGGCAUUCUAUUUCACUGAAAAUGCUACCCUCAUGUUUAUGCUACACUAUCAUCGGUUAGAUGAUGUCUACCUGAAAUUACACACCAGUUUGAAUGCAAUAACUCCACUGCCUAUUCAUCCAACCAAUGGCCAUAUACUAAGUAUUGAUCCUUCUUCGCCUUCAGCAGCGGCGGCAACAAUCUCUCCUCCCGUCUAUGUUGUAUUCACCGGAGAUUCAGGCACAAGUAAACAACAGUUGCGCUGUGAUUAUCUCACCUGGGGAUUGAAUUUAACAUUCCAGAUAAGAAAAGCCCAGUUUCGGUAUAUUCAAGCCUGUAUGCGUGUCAAUCGUGCAGAUGUCUCAUCAUUGUCGUCACCAGUGUAUUCCACACCUUCUAAUUCCAAUUACAAUCAGGUGCCUCGUUAUCAAAAUCAUCCCGUGGCAUUGAGUUAUGGUCCUAUUUGUCAAUAA